UUCAUGUUGUGCGUACCCGGAACCUUUUAGCGGGGAAGACUUUAACGUGAGGACACUUGUGCAAAGAUGUCAGACGUACCGGAUAACGCUAAUGAGCACUGCCCGGGCACACGAAGUGAGCAGGCAGGAAAGUCAUCGUCAUGUCAGGGCUGUCCCAACCAGAAGAUAUGUGCCUCCGGAGCCACCAAGGCCCCCGACCCUGCCAUAGCAGAGAUUGGAGUGAAGCUGUCAACAGUCAAACACAAGAUCCUCGUGCUGUCUGGGAAAGGAGGAGUGGGGAAGAGUACGUUCAGCGCUCACCUGGCUCACGCCCUGGCAAGUGACAGCAUGAAGGAGGUUGCCCUGCUGGAUGUGGAUAUCUGUGGUCCAUCCAUUCCUCGUAUUAUGGGUUUAGAGGGAGAACAGGUACACCAGAGUGGCUCCGGCUGGUCUCCUGUGUAUGUGGAAGACAACCUGGCAGUCAUGUCGAUUGGCUUCCUGCUCAGCAGCCCUGAUGAUGCAGUGAUCUGGAGAGGACCCAAGAAGAACGGGAUGAUCAAGCAGUUUCUGAGGGAUGUCGACUGGGGGGAACUGGAUUACCUCAUUGUGGACACGCCCCCUGGCACCUCUGACGAACACCUUUCGAUCAUCCAGUACCUGAGCUCCACCCACGUGGAUGGAGCUGUCAUCAUCACCACACCACAGGAGGUAUCGCUGCAGGAUGUGCGAAAGGAGAUCAGGUUCUGCAAGAAGGUGAAACUGCCCAUCAUCGGAGUGGUGGAGAAUAUGAGUGGCUUCGUUUGUCCUUCAUGCAAGAACACGUCACAGAUCUUCCCUCCCACCACCGGGGGCGCCGAGCGGAUGUGUGCAGAUCUAAAUCUGCCCCUGUUAGGAAAGGUACCUCUGGACCCCAGGAUAGCACGAAGCUGCGACGAGGGCAGGUCUUUCCUAAAUGUAGUGCCUGACUCUCCUGCUGCUCAAGUCUACCAGAGUAUUGUGCAGAGUAUAAAGGACUACUGUUCCAACCGUGUGACAGAGGAGCAGAGCGCCGCCUGAACCCACUGAUGGCGGCCAUGUUGGACCAGAACACUGAGAGAGAUCACAUGAUAAGAGUGUGGUAGCAAUAAUGAACUAGUGAAUAAGAAACACACACAAAGCUAAUGGCCUCCCAGAAUGAUCUCAACAUGAUAAUCAGUCUUGACAGGCAGCAGCUUGCAAACCACUUUGGUGAAGUAUUGGGGAUAAAAAAAAAUCGGAAAUAAAGAGAAAAAAUGUUGUAAUGAUGGGUGGGCUUAUCAAAAACAAAAAGCACUAGGUCCUAAUUUUAAACACGAAUGCUUGCAUCUAAAAAAUAAAUAGCAUAUAAAUUCAAACUACCACUCUGGAGAUACUUUGUAUAUGACAUUUUAUACUUACGCUGAGAUAAAAUACACUUUUAAAUCUCUGAGGAAAAAUCAAUAUAUUGAUAUAAGGCUUUUUGAAAUGUUUAUCUUAAAGGAUAAAGCUGGAGAUAUUAUUCUUAUUUAUGUUAUUGUCUUACAAAUUCCAUAAAAAGACCAAAACCCAA